UAAGAAUCAACAGAGAAGAAGAGAGAGAGGAAAUUCCGAACCCUUAUUCUUCUCUCUCCCAAAUUUCCUUCCGAGAAAUUUUAGGGUUUCCUCGCGCGAAGACAGAAUGCAUAAACUGAGCAGAGGAAACCGUGACAAAAUCCAGCAGUUCAUGGCAAUAACUGGGACCAGUGAGAAACAAGCAUACCAGGCAUUGAAAGCCAGCGACUGGCAUCUAGAAGGCGCUUUUGAUUUUCAUUACAACAAUUCUCAGAUUCGGGCAGUCACUGAUUCUAGACGUGUCGAAGCACUUUACAUCAGAUACAAAGACCCCUAUGUCGAUAUGAUUAUGGUGGAUGGUGUCUCUCUCCUUUGCAACGAUCUGCAGGUGGAUCCACAAGAUAUUGUUAUGUUGGUUGUGUCCUGGCAUAUGAACGCUGCUACGAUGUGUGAAUUCUCUCGUCAAGAGUUCAUCAGUGGAUUGCAAUCCUUGGGGGUAGAUACAAUAGAAAAAUUUCGUGAAAAGGUACCAUCAAUGAGGGCUGAGCUGAAAGAUGAACAGAAAUUUUCUGAGAUAUACAACUUUGCAUUUGGGUGGGCUAGAGAAAAGGGUCAAAAAUCUCUAGCUCUGGAUACAGCUAUUGGCAUGUGGCAGUUAUUAUUUGCUGAAAAACAUUGGCCUUUGAUUGAAGAUUGGUGCCAGUUCUUACAGGUGAGGCAUAACAAGGCAAUCUCAAGGGAUACAUGGUCUCAGCUACUUGAGUUUGCUAAGAUGAUUGACCCUCAGUUAUCCAACUACGAUGCAGAGGGAGCUUGGCCAUAUUUGAUUGAUGAGUUUGUGGAGUACUUGAUUGAGAAUGGAGUAGUCCAUCGUUCCAAAUGAGCAAAGAUAAAAUGACCUGUAGCUUAGAUGAUACAUAUAUUAAUUUAUUUUACGAUUUCUUUCCAACAUCUACCAUCGUCCACAUCAUUUAUAAAGAGAAGUCUAAACAAUGUGAUUUCUGGUUCCAACUUCGUUUAACAUUCAUUUAAGCCACAUGUCUAAUAUUCUUCCUAAUUUAGGGGAUUUCUUCGUUUAAUAAUCACCAAAAAGUUCUUCUA